UCUGCCUGUGGGGGCAAGGCCUCAUUUCUCCCAAAGCUACAGUCGAUGGAUAGGGGUUUAAAGCGGUGUGGGCGUGGGUUGUUCCUGCAGUGUGGACAAGGAAGGCGUGGGGAUAAGAAGCAGAGGGCGCCGGUGGCUCCUCCUCCUCCCUCAGCGUCGAGGGCGCUCCUCCUUCCUUGUCCCUUCCUUCCAUGAAGCGCAGGCCCCUCUCCUCCUCCUCCUCCUCCUCCUCCUCAGUGGGGAGGCCGAUGGGGCUGCUGCUGCUGCUGCUGCUGCUGCUGAGGUGAUUCCUCCCUGAAGAGCCCGGAGGGAGGGCCCUGGAUGCCUCCUCCAUCAUCACCUCCACCGCCGCCUUCAUCAUGGCCCACUCCCCCGUCCAGCAGCCUGGCCUCCCUGGGAUGCAGAAUCUGAAAGCUGAUCCAGAAGAACUGUUUACGAAACUAGAGAAGAUUGGCAAAGGUUCAUUUGGUGAAGUUUUUAAAGGAAUAGACAAUCGAACUCAAAAAGUUGUUGCAAUAAAAAUAAUUGAUCUUGAAGAGGCUGAAGAUGAGAUAGAAGAUAUUCAACAAGAAAUCACAGUGCUGAGUCAGUGCGAUAGUCCGUACGUUACCAAAUAUUAUGGAUCCUAUUUAAAGGAUACCAAAUUAUGGAUAAUAAUGGAAUAUCUUGGCGGAGGUUCUGCUCUUGACCUUUUAGAACCAGGCUCUCUUGAUGAAAUCCAGAUUGCUACAAUAUUAAGAGAAAUUCUGAAAGGACUUGAUUACUUGCAUUCAGAAAAGAAAAUUCAUAGAGAUAUUAAAGCUGCUAAUGUGCUGCUCUCUGAACAAGGCGAAGUCAAACUAGCAGACUUCGGUGUAGCUGGACAAUUAACAGAUACACAAAUAAAGAGGAAUACCUUCGUGGGUACACCAUUUUGGAUGGCACCAGAGGUUAUAAAGCAAUCUGCUUAUGAUUCAAAGGCAGAUAUCUGGUCGCUGGGCAUAACAGCCAUAGAACUAGCAAAGGGCGAGCCACCACAUUCAGAACUGCAUCCAAUGAAAGUUUUAUUCCUCAUUCCAAAGAACAAUCCACCAACAUUAGAAGGAAACUACAGUAAACCUCUCAAGGAGUUUGUUGAGGCCUGCUUGAACAAGGACCCAAGCUUUAGACCAACAGCAAAAGAACUCCUGAAGCACAAAUUUAUUGUACGAAAUGCAAAGAAAACCUCUUAUUUGACAGAUCUGAUUGACAGACAUAAAAGAUGGAAGGCUGAGCAGAACCAUGAUAACUCAAGUUCUGAAGAUUCUGAUGGUGAAACAGACGGCCAAGCCUCAGGAGGCAGUGAUUCAGGUGACUGGAUAUUUACAAUCCGAGAGAAAGAUCCCAAGAAUCUAGAAAAUGGUGCUACUCAGCUGCACGAGUGGGAAAGAAACAAGGAAAAUACCAUUCAGAGGCGGCCUUUGUCUCGGUGUUUAUCUACAAUUAUAUCACCAUUAUUUGCAGAGUUGAAGGAGAGAAGUCAGGCUUGUGGGGGAAACAUGGGAUCUGUAGAAGAACUGAGGGAAGCCAUUUAUUUAGCUGAAGAAGCAUGUCCAGGAAUUUCAGAUACCAUGGUGACUGAGCUUGUGCAAAGACUUCAGAGGUAUUCAGUAGCUGGAGGAAGCACAUCAUCCCACUGAAGUAUUUUUUCAUGACAUUUGCUUCUUCAUUGGGAAUCGUGUAGGCACCUACUUGACUGUUGGUCAGUGGGGUGAUUUCAGUAUAUGGACAAUCCUGAAGAUGCAGCACGGGCAUUGUUUUUCAGCUCUGUAUAGUUUUUUUUUUAAACACACCGUAAUGCACAUAUUCAAAGGAGGUAUCUUUUUAAAUUUCUGAGAUGUAUAUUUAGGGUUGAUUGCAGUUAGGAAACUAAAGCUAUUGUGAAAUCUCAGGUAUCUUGCUUUAAGUCAUUGACCUUCAGCUAAUGGGCCCAGAUCCAGAAGUGGGUUCUUUUCCAAUCUAAAAUGGUGUUGCCCCCAUUUUAUUUGUUUUAGGGUUGUAUUUUGAUUAAGAUGAACUGUGGGAGGAGAAAUUAAGUAGGUUCUGUAUUUUGGGUUGAGAUUUCAGAUGGGUCUUGGGUCUCCAAAAGUCGAAGGCAACUGCUUUAAGUCGAUAAAUCUGUGAAUUGGAAAAUGUACUAUUGGCUAUGUGUACAGAUUUGUAUAUAGUCACUUUUUUAACUGAAACUUGCUCAGUGUGCAUAUAAAAACCCUCUGUACAAAUCGCCAAGUGCUUCUGUAGAUGAUACUAGUGAGGUAAAUAUUUUGGCAGAUCAUUGGCUUGCCUUUGAUAUAUGAAAAUUUUGAAUUGUAUGACAACUGGUUUGAUCUGGCCUUGUAUUUAUAGGCCAGAUAAUUAAAACCGUGCUAUAAAAUUCUUGUUUGUACCUCAGAGGCAGAACUUUCUCUUUUUUUGUUACACAAGGGUGUUCUUUGUUGUUGAUCUAGAGAUGGGUCUUUAAUCAUGGUACGACUUUAUUUUAGUUUACUGCAUCAUUUUGAAGUUCUCUAUUUUUUGUUUUCCAUAGUGGUUUUUAUAUCUGUUUAAAAUUGUGCCAAUCUGAUGUCUGAAUUCACUUUUAAUAGUUUUAUUUGAGACUGUUUUGUAAAACCUGAAACUCACAUUAUGACUAAAUUUGAAAACAAAAAGGUUUAAAUAAUUCCUAGAAGUCUUGGCUGAAUAAUGACUAUUUUGUAAGAUGCUGGUAUUAAAAAUGAUCAAAAAGAUAUACAGCUAUUAUGUACAUGAAAAUGUUUAGUCACAAUCACUGUGAUAAUUUGGUGUCUGAUUUAUGGUUGAAACAAAUUACAUAUAAUUCCUUCUAGACUUAAACUAGAAAUUCUGACUGUCAUGCUUUUAUUCAACUACUUCAACUUAGUCUGGAGAACUUACUCUUUUGAGCCAAAAAACUGAUAGUCCAACCAGGAAUGAGAAUGUUACGAUGUUCUCUUGAUGUGGAAUUACACUUAUUGUGUUUGUAGGAUCUGUAGCAUCUUCUCCUUAGACUGAGGGAGGUAGAAGUUACCCUACCUUGUAUGUGAGUGGCAGACAGAGUUGAUUUAUUGGUUGAUAGUACCUAUUAUCUUCUCCCCAAGCCCUUUUAAAAUGGUCCAGCCACCUGUUUAGGCAGAUAAUUGUGCAAGUGCCUAAGGGGGGGGAAUACUGUAGUAAAGUUUAGUAGCCUCCUUGAAGCAUAUGGAUGGGGUAGUGAUAUGGAAGAGAAAGGUUCUUGUCCCCUGGCUUUGUGUGUGCCUGCCCAUUUCCCCCUCUUCUUUUUAGGUAUGUCUGCACACAACCUAAGACUUUACAGAUGCCAAGAAGGUCUUGUUAGGUAGCCUACAGCCUUUAAGAAUAAUGUUAACAAUUCACUUUGCUAGGAGCAUUGCUUUGAGAAUUGCUAAAUGGGAGGCAGAAAACUCAAUUUUGAGAAUUUGGCCAUUGUACAAGAACAUCAUUUGCUCUACAACAACAUUUAGAAUUUAUAUCUUUGUGCUUUUUACAUAAUUGGAUAAACCUGAAAUAUGUUCUUAUACAAAAGAUA